GCGGUAGAGGAAAGUAGCUAGCCUGGUGGCUAACGUCAUUGGAGUCUGAGUGCCGUGAAACGGAGUGGCAACAGAGUAGUUUGGGAGGAAAAGCUGUUACAACGCCAUUGAGUACACCUCGGUUUAAACGUGUGGUCGCCAUGUCCGAGACAUACGAUUUCCUGUUUAAGUUCCUUGUGAUUGGCAGCGCGGGGACUGGGAAAUCCUGCCUCCUUCAUCAGUUUAUUGAGAAUAAGUUCAAGCAAGACUCCAAUCACACCAUCGGCGUGGAAUUUGGUUCGAGAGUCGUCAAUGUUGGUGGAAAAACAGUCAAACUGCAGAUCUGGGAUACGGCAGGACAGGAGCGCUUCAGGUCAGUGACUCGUAGCUAUUAUCGGGGCGCAGCUGGGGCUCUCCUUGUCUACGACAUCACGAGUCGAGAGACCUACAAUGCUCUGACUAACUGGCUGACGGAUGCUCGGACACUGGCCAGCCCCAACAUUGUCAUCAUCCUUUGCGGCAACAAGAAAGAUUUGGAUGCAGACCGUGAGGUCACCUUUCUGGAAGCAUCUCGUUUUGCCCAGGAGAAUGAGUUGAUGUUUUUGGAGACGAGCGCAUUAACUGGGGAGAAUGUCGAAGAGGGUUUUCUCAAAUGUGCCCGCACAAUUCUUAAUAAGAUAGAAUCUGGUGAGCUGGACCCUGAAAGGAUGGGCUCUGGUAUCCAGUAUGGCGAUGCGUCCCUGAGGCAGUUGAGGCAGCCACGGGGCUCUGCUGCACAAACCAAGCAGCAGUGUAACUGCUAGGGCUGGGACACACUCCCUGUCCCUGCACACAACCUCUCCUGCUUCAGCUCCAGGUGUGUCUGGGUGUCAUCCUUUCCCCCUUAAACCUGCUGAAACACCUAGAAACAUCUGGAUCACUUUUUAUGAAGUCAAUCUGCAACCUGCAUCUGCAACCACUGAGUUUGUGGAGUGACCCAGUGGUCAUGGAAAGGCACCUCUGAUCAAGUAAAGGGAUGGUAAAAGUGGUGUGGAGGAAUCUUGCAGAUUUAACCUUAUCCUGUGAUGUGUGUGUGUGUGUGUGUGUGUGUGUGUGUGUGUACACAAACACACUCGCAUUGUUCGUGUAGAGUAAACAGUCAUCAGCCUAAUCUCUGUGCACUGGGCUGAAGUGUAGAUAAAAACAUUCUCUAUAUUUCAUACAACGUCACUGACAUCAGCGCAUUAGUUGACUUGCGUAUUCCCUGUUUAAAUGAAGGCUUAUCCAACUCCUAGUAAAUAUUCUUUAAAAUGUCGACAGGGUGGCUGCUUGAAACCAGUCGAAACUAGUUAUUCGAGUUUAUACUGCACAGACCAGUUUUGGGGAAAGUUGACCGUUUCCAGGAAUUCCGCAGCAUUGCCCUGGCUCUGAGAUGAUCUUGCUUGUACGGUACAAUCUGUGUUUUUAGUGAAGGUGCAGUAAAUGUAGGCUAAGCCUUCUAUUUCCUAUAGAUCGUUGUGUCGGCUAUGCACCUAGAUAUAAAUAUUUGCAGCUGAGAACUGUAAGCACAAAAGGGAGAUGGUUGAUCUUCCUCUCCAGAAUUGUGGGUGAUCAAGAUAUAGUGCAUAUCAAUUGUUCACUGCAGAAUGGCUUGUGUAGGUUAUCACACUGAUCUCUUAACCUGCAGAAACCACUUUGCACUGGCUGUGUUAUUAUCCAGUGUAUCUGGCUGUGUUAUUUAUUGAUAUGAAACAAGCCACUAACCUUCUGCAUAUCGAAAAUUUUUAUUUUUAUUUUAUUGAUUUAUCCUUAAACAGAAAGACAACUUGAUGUCAUAUAGUUUAAUGUCGCCAAGCUCCAUGGCCCCAAAAUAUAGCACUCUAUUAUGUUGAAGUUAAAAUGCUAGGAAAUAGUUUUUUUGUUUGUUUGUUUCUGUGCACAGAAAUCUAGAAUAAUACUAUCCCAAAAGAUUUAGGAGGCUUUUUUUGCACUGUGUGAUAAGUUGAGAACCAUUACACACCACAGAGACCAGAAGUCUUCACAAGGCCACUCAACUAGGGGAAUAGCAGUAUGAAUGGUUAGAUAUGUUUGUUCGCCCGCUCUCGCACACCAAACCUUUUUCAGCUUCUGUGUUUUAAAUAUCGUCUCCGUGAUUAUGUGAAGGUUCUCUUUCUGUUCUUUUUUUUUUUCUUCUUCUUUUUUUUUUUAACCCUCUCUGCAAGUGCACUUUUUGACUGUUAAUAUACUGUACCUAUAGAACUGUAAAAUUUGCAGUAAUCAAAAUACUAUAUAGUGACAAUUAUUAUAAGGAGUAAGCAUUCUUUACUAAAAAAAAAUUAAAUAAAUAAUUGCACUUAGUCCAGUACUAUUUCAGUGGUCCAAAAUGAUGUUACUAUGGUUACGCCUAGGUAGUUGGUGAAGACAGUGUAUUGCAAAAUACUGAGCAAUUUAGUUUAAUCCUCACACUGCCUGCAUGGCCUCGGUUCACUGACUUUGUCUGUGCAACUUGAGGGGUAGAAGUCAUUUAGGGGUUAUAUUUAAUAAGGAUUUAACUUCUAUCUUACCUGUUCUGAAAUGUUGUAGUACUAUAACUGGGCAUUUACAGAUGAUAAAUCACUUGACAAACAGCAUUUCUUGACAGUAAAUUGGCACACAUGUUUUGGCAGAUUGAUUUGUUCCUGUAAAUUACAAUGGAGAUCAUGUAUAUGACUCAAACAACAUGAGCUAUAUGCUUAAGCAUAUUACUGCUAACCAAAAAAUGAAACCUGGUCUUUUUGUGUUGAUUUGGACAGCAGUGUCUCUGAUUACAUCUGUCUUUACUCUGGAUGUUUAAAGACUUGCCCAUGUACUGCAGAAACUCAUUUGUUGCUUAGCAACCAGUGUGGUUUUUGUUCACCCAUGAAUACUGUAUAUCUGAAUCAUCCAUGAUGUAAAUAAUAUUGAAUUUGUCUAUUGGAUUGUUCGGGGGGAGGGUGCUUGUUACAUUUUAAGGUUUAACAACUAUAAGUAAAGAUUGCUUGUUUUUUUUUUAUGUUA